AUGGCGUCCUUACCCCCCGACGCCGCGGAGCAGGUGCGCGUGAUGAAAGCGCUGGAGCGCGAUGUGCUCGCCGCCAUCGACCGCGUCGUCGUCGGCGGAGGAGGAGGCGCUCCGUCUACGUCGGGUUCCCAACGACGUCAGGGCAGGGAUCGGUGGGGCGACGACCCGGCGCACGCCGCCAGGACGGGGAUGGCCAGGCUGCGACGCGAGCUCGGCGAGCUGGAGGCCAUCGUGGAGGAGCAGGCGAGGCCCGCGGACAGAUCCGCCUGCCUCGAGGCGCUCGCGGAGAGGCGCGAGUCGCACGAUUCCAUCCGCCAGAUCCUCCGCGACGCGACCCUCCGUGCCGCCGACGCCGAGGCGAACGCCGCGACGUCAGCCUUGUCGGAGGGAGACGAACGGGACGAGCUCCUCGGCGACGCCGCGAACGGACGCGGGGGCGGGCCCGAUAAACCGACGGACGAGGCGGGCGUCGUGGGCCUCGCGGACGACGCCACCGCGGGGCUCCGAAGGGCGCGAGCGAUGAUGGCGGAGGAGCUGGACAAGGGACGGAGGACGCUCGCCGCGAUGGCCGAGUCCCGCGCGACGAUGAAGAGCACCGGGGACGAGUACGCCGGGGAUCAGGCCGCGGCGCUCGGCGUGGGCGGGAAACUUCUGAAGCAGCUGGAGAUACAGGCGGUGCGCGAGAGGUUGGUGCUGUGGGGCGGGUUCGCGGCGUUUGUGCUCGCCGCGCUCCACGUGGUGCUCAAACGGACGCCGCUGCUGGUCAGGUUCCACCCGCUGUGGUGGAUACGCAAGAAAGCCGCGACGAAGUUAAAGGAGGCCAAGGAGGCGGCGAAGCGCGCGGCGAGGGACGCCAAGGCUGCGAAGAGGAGCGGCCAAACGGGCAACGCGUACGGUGAAGCCGCGGCGACGCUAGCCGCGGGCAUGGCCGCGGGCAUGGCCGCGGGUAUGGCGGGAGACGACGCGACCGCCGCGGGUAUGGCGGACGUGGGCGCCGCGGAGGAGUACCUGGGAACAGCCGACGGGGAGUACGUUUCCGCGGACGGGAUUCCGGACGUCGAGGUUGGCGAGUACACGAAGCGGGACGUUCGCGGCGAGGAGCUGUGA